CCAUGCCGCCCUCGGGCCGGGCGCCGCCGCUCGGGCUUCUGCUGGCCUUGACGGCCCUCCGGUGCCCAGUGAUGGAGAGCCGAACCAUCGUGGACAGCUUGCAGAGGUUCUCCUCGCUCCCCGCUUACCUUCCCACGAGCUUCCACAUCUCUGACGCAGAGGAGUCCUUCUUCCUUAAAGAGGCCAACCAGGACAUCACGCGGAACUCCAGUCUGCAGACCCGGGUGGAGUCCUUCUUUAUCUACCGAGCCAGGAGGCCCCCAGUCGUCAAUGCCAGCUAUGGUCCAUUUUCAGUGGAGAAGACGGUCCCCCGGGAGCUCAUGCUGACUUCUAUACCCUUUGGCCACGUGGGCCAGUUUCCCUUUAAUUGGAAGGUGAAAGCCCACAUCCUCGAUAGCUCCAUUUACUCCAACAGACCCAAAGUACAGACCUUGUUUUACAUCACGGGGAUGGGCUGGGCUGAUGGUGACCCUGCGGAACAACUACCCUGUGUCAAGAUGUUUGCUUUCCCCGAGGCCAGGGAGGUGGCGGCCAGCUGCCGGCUGCAAGGGACCCCGGGACUGUGUGUGGCCGAGCUGGAGCUGCUGCCCGAGUGGUUCAGCUCCGGGCUGGACCUGGAGCCUGAGGAGGAGAUCCCGGCGCUGCUCGGCGGCACGGCCAUGGAGCUCUUCUUCGCGCUCUACCCGGCCGACCCGGCUGGCCAGUGUCCCCUGGAAGAGGACGGCAAGUGGGAGAAUAACAUCCACUCGGGCCAGGAUAGUCCCCCGCCGGCACCCCCCGCCCGGGAGAGGAUCGGCAGUGUAGUGGUCUACCCGACCCAAGACGAUCUGCGGUGGUCCAUGCUGAACCUGGAUGAGAACGUCGUCCUCUCUGUGCCGCUGAACCUCAUCCGGGAAGGGGACACGGCCACCUUUUUGGUCUCCCUGACUAGUGGCUCUGUGGCAGACCACUUCACUCUUAGAAUUAAGGCAGCAGCUGGUGUGAAAAUAACUGCAGUGAGAGUCAGCAGCGAGGACCAGUGGGCAGUCCAGGAAGAAAUAGAUAACGACAGCGUUCAGACCACGGCCACCCUCACGUGCGUGGGCCAUCACCCGGACACACGGAGCAGAACAAAUGGCUCCUUCUACGAGAUCUUGCAAGUGGACUUCGGAGUUGACAACAGCAGUGGCCUGUCCGGCGCCCAGCAGAUCACCUGGCAGGUGGAGUACCCUGUGGAGGACGCCCCGAGGGAGCUGGUCAUCUCCGAGAUCUUUGUCAGCCAGACCUCCUUUGUGGGCAUCGUCCCACUUGCAAUGGACUCGGAGGUUCUGAACACGGCCAUUCUCACUGGAAAGGUUGUUUCAGUUCCCGUCAAGGUGGUGGCAGUUCAAGAGGAUGGUUCGGUGGUGGACGUUUCAGAGGCUAUGGAAUGCAGGUCUGCGGAUGAAGACGUCAUCAAGGUCUCCAACGGCUGUGAUUCGAUUUUUGUGAAUGGGAAGGAGAUGAAGAGCAAAGUGGACACGAUCGUGAACUUCACCCACCAGCACUUCACCUCCCAGUUAGAGGUCACGGUCUGGGUGCCCAGACUCCCCCUGCAGGUUGAGAUCUCGGACACGGAGCUGAGUCAGAUCAAAGGAUGGAGGAUCCCGGUGGCCUCCAAUCGAAGGCCUACCCGAGACAGUGAAGACGAGGAGGAUGAGGAGAAGAAGGGGAGAGGGUGCUCCCUGCAAUACCAGCACGCCCUCGUGCGCGUCCUCACCCAGUUUGUGGCCGAGUCCCCCGACUCGGGCCAGCUGAGCUACAUGCUGGGCCCUGACUGGCAGUUUGACAUCACCGACCUCGUGAUGGAUUUCAUGAAGGUGGAAGAGCCGAGAAUUGCUCAGAUACAGGAUGGCAGGACCCUGGUGGGCCGGGAGCCGGGCAUCACCACUGUGCAGGUCCUGUCACCUCUCUCUGACUCCAUCCUGGCUGAAAAGACCGUGACCGUCCUGGAUGACCGGGUCACUAUUGCGGACCUGGGUGUUCAACUGGUGGCCGGCUUGUCUCUCUCCCUGCAGCCUCACAGGUUGGACAAAAGAGCCAUCGUCUCAACAGCAGCUGCGCAGGAUGUUCUUCAAGCCCCACAGCAGGAGGCCAUCGUCAGUUCUUGGAUUUUGUUCAGCGAUGGUUCGGUGACACCUUUAGACAUUUACGAUCCCAAGGAUUUUUCAGUUACUGUCUCAUCUUUGGAUGAAAUGGUGGUGUCUGUCCAGGCAAGCCUUCAGUCCAAAUGGCCGGUUGUGGUUGCAGAGGGGGAAGGGCAAGGGCCCUUGAUUAAACUGGAAAUGAUGAUCAGUGAGCCCUGUCAGAAGACCAAGAGGAAGAGCGUUCUUGCCGUGGGGAAAGGGAAUGUCAAGGUCAAAUUUGAGCCCAGUAUUGAUGAGCACCAAGGAGGCACCAAUGAUAUUGAGGGCAUAAACCGGGAAUAUAAAGACCACCUCAGUAACACCAUAGAUCGUGAGGGAAACCAGGAGAGAGCAGUUCAGGAGUGGUUCCAACAUGGCGCCUCUGCUGGCCAUGAGGAAAGUACCAACAAAAGCACAACCCCACAGUCUCCCAUGGAAGGAAAAGAUAAAAAGAUGCUCAAGAGCGGUGGUCCAGAUGCCUUCACAAGCUUCCCCACUCAAGGGAAGUCACCGGAACCCCAUAAUCCUAGUGACCUCACAGUGACCUCCAGGGGGCUCACCGACCUGGAGAUCGGCAUGUACGCCUUGCUCUGUGUCUUCUGCCUGGCCAUCUUGGUUUUCUUGAUCAACUGUGUGGCAUUUGCUUGGAAAUACAGACACAAAAGAUUCGCCGUGAGCGAGCAAGGCAACAUCCCCCAUUCCCAUGACUGGGUCUGGCUGGGGAACGACGUGGAGCUUCUAGAGAACCCGGUGGACGUGACCCUCCCGUCGGAGGAGUGCACCACCAUGAUUGACAGGGGGCUGCAGUUCGAGGAGAGGAACUUCCUUCUGAAUGGCGGUUCCCAGAAGACUUUCCAUAGUCAGCUGCUCAGACCUUCUGACUAUGUCUAUGAGAAAGACAUGAAAAACGACCCUCUGAGUUCCACAGGCCCCAAGAGGAAGAGGGUCAAGUUUACUUCCUACACCACCAUCCUCCCAGAGGACGGCGGCCCCUACACCAACUCCAUCCUGUUUGACAGUGAUGACAACAUCCAGUGGGUCUGCCCAGAUAUGGGGCUGGGGGAGUCCCAGGGCUUCAGAGACUACAUGGAGAGGCUGCAGGACCAGAUGUGAACUCCUUUCUCAUGUUUGUAUUCACCUUUAUGCCUUCUGUUUUUUGAAUGGUGGAGCCGUGAGUCUGAUCAGCAAUAGGGGAUGAUUUAACAGAGCUUCAUUUGUGGCGGUCUAGUGGGAUCCCUUUCAAAGCAGGUAUCAGAGAGAGCAAAGGCAGCUGGGUUUGAAGCUAGGCAGUGUCUCUGAAUCGGCCACGUGUGGGUCCUAGAAAAAUUCUAAGACAAUGAUUUUAUCUGCUGCCUGGUACUAGCUCAGUUCCAGUAGAAUAAACCUGACCCCACAGACAUUGUUAAUCAUCUCGUGGCAAAACAGCCGUGUGGAAUUAGAAAAGACUUGGGUUUGAUUUUUCUACUCCUAGACCUUUUAAAGCACAGUGGACAUUUCUUGCCCUUGGCCUGAGAUUGGACAUACCUGAAAGAUGCUGAAUGUAGCCGCCCAUAUUUGUUACGAGCAUUGCUCAUUAUUUUUAUAUAUCUUUGCACUCGCCCCUGGUUCCUUUGACCUCUGCAAUUCUUUUUGAAACAAGAAGACAAGAGAUUUCAUUCUUUUCUCUGAGACCUGUUUGAUUUGCAUAUGAGUUUUAGUCCCCAUGAUUUGCCGUGUCCUGUUAUUUCCUAGGUGUCUGUGCGGGAGUUCAGGGUCUUUCCAGUUUUCCACACUUCAUCACUUGGGGCAAUAGCUAAGAGGCUAAUCCUCAUGCUGUCUUUCCUUUUUUGUGAUUGAACUUUCUUGUCUCAGAUAGGGACAUGGGAUUUUACUUAAAAUGUUAAUGUACUGUGAGGGGGGGCCAUCUUCUUUACAGUUUUCUACAUGAUGCUUAAAAACUUUGGAGAAAAAUUAUGAACUGUGAACCUUUUAUCUUCUGCUUGCAGGAGUCAUGAGGACCUCCUUCUUGGAGUGCAUUUCCGAGGGCAAAGCAGUCCUCAAAAUAGUUGUAUUGAUACUAAUGCUUUGUGGUCAACACCAUUUGUUAUCCAAACUGAAAUCAAGGUCUAGAAAUGAUACGCACAGAAAGGAAAUUGCAAAGAAAGUACCUUCAGACCAAACUUUUCUUUUCCCAGAGCAAAACUUUAUUAGAACAGUAAGUGGAAUGAUGUUUCAACUUAGUAACACAUAGAAAUCUACCCAUUCAACGAUUUCCACCCCACCACCAAAAAAGCUCAUAUAUAAACACACACACACACAUAUAUAUAUAUAUCCCCAGUCAUGACUCUGGCAGAGGUAAAAUGUAUACAGGGUGUACAUUAAUCAAGAAAAGCAAUGGUUUUUUUUUUCUCCCCAAAAUUCAUAAAAUAAAUGACUAUUCCGGAAGCUUGAGAAUCAAUUGUGAUGAAAAACUAUAGGUAUUGGGAAAUUAAAAUGGCAAGCGAGAGAGAGAGAGAGAGAAAUUUUGCAUGAUUCCUGCAUAAUUUUUAAAUAAAUAAUGUUUUUCAAAGAACAGCAUGCCUGGUCUCAAGCAAAGCAAGAAAUUCAGAUUAGGAAACUAUGGCAACAUUUUAUUAGGAUGUGAUAGCUGGAAAAACAGACAUUGGAUGAGUAUACCUCAUUCCAAGCUUUCUUGAACCAUUUGCAUCUCAGAGAAGUGGAAUUUUAAUGACCCAAAAUGGCCAGGACCUGUCGGAGGUGUUGAGACUGUUCCUUGACUCUCGAUGGCUGAUGACUGGGCUGUUCACAAGGGUGUGAUUCAGUGGUUCUCUUUUAGGAUGGAUGGGAACAUGACAACCAGCCUCCUCCAGCUGUGACAUGGCAGACAUAGUAUUCUCCCUGUGUCUCUUACCCACAGGACUACAGUACAUUUGUAAACCAUGCCUAAGUUACCAGUGAUGCACUGCCUGACCUCCAGGGGCUGGUGUUCAGUUGCUCUUGUGUUUAAAAUGGGGGUUAGGAACUGAAGCUGGUAAGGUUGCCCAAAUCUUCCAGUUUUAUUGGGAAAUGAAAUCAGGAGACCCAGGUAUUGGCUUCCAAAGGAGUUUGCAGAGAGAUGGCUGACAUCUUGUGGGAAGAGCUGCUCUGGUAGCCAAAGGAAGCUGCUUCUGCUUUUCGAAGGGCUUGGUGGGGGGGGGUCGCUCAAAGCCAACUGUGUAGGGCUGGAGAGAAAUUCAUGGAAUUAGAAUUCCAUGCUAUGGAAACAGAGCUGUCCAUAUGAGUCCUGCUCCCCCUAUAAGAUAGUGUCAAUUUUCUUUCCCUUUGACAGUCCAGACAUAAUAGGGGUUUUGUUUCUAAAACUGAGGAACCUCAACUGAUACAGGUAGUGUCUCACACACACAGCAGGCUGCCUCCCACUGGUAAAGUGAGUUUCCAUGGGAAGAAUUCAGGAGAAGAGGAGCCUACCAUUGUCCUGAGGAGCCUUAUCCAGGAGCAUACAAGUUAGGCCACCUUCUAUGGCCUGAGUGCUUGAUGUGAUGCAGAGAGCACACUGGGGAGAAUUAGAAGGAACCCUUGGUUUAUAGCUCAGUUGGUAAAGAAUAUGCCUAUAAUGAGGGAGACCUGGGUUUGAUCCCUGGGUUGGGAAGAUCCCUGGAGAAAUGAAAGGAUAUACAUUCCAGUGUUCUGGCUUGGAGAAUUCCAGUCCACGGGGUCGCAGAGUCGGACUCGACUGAGUGACUUUCACUUUCCCUUGGUUUCUCAACGGGGCUGGGAGCUGACCGUGGUCCUGAAGUUGCCUCCUGUGGGUAAGCUGGCGUCCCCCAGAGUGAUGCAGGCUUCAUAAAGCACCUGUGCUGGCUUAUGUUGAGAUUCAGUCAGCUCAAAACAAACAUCAAAUGGAAGGUUUCAGGGGAAGGGUCCCUUUUACCACACAACACACACUUCCCUAUAUUCACACAUACAUACUUAUACCCAUGUGUGUGUGUCUGAAUAAUGAAGAGCCAGAAAUUCAGCUAUUUGAGGGAAUCAACACUGUCAGUUGUUCUCAGAUUGGGCAUGGAUAACUACUCAGCUGAACAGAAUUUCACUGAAGCUCUUUCUGCUCUAAAUACUUCCUACUGACUAGAAUCCAUGUGUUAUAUCUGCUUGGUUUCCAACCUGGUUAAUUUAAAACAAUUAGGAGCUAUACUUCCAAAAUAUUUAAACUAGA